GUUCCAACAAGACCUCGCCAACGCACUGCCGCCCGGCCCAGCAACCGAGCCCCGUGCGCCACAAAGGAAAACAUCUGUCAUGCUACGUGCCAGUGGGAAGCCGCCCACAGCUGUUCCCGAUGCUGCCUUGGCGGUGACAUCGGAGGAGAGCUCUCAGGGCCCUUGUCAGGUACGUGUGCACACGCAGACCACCCCUGUGUGCCAUCAAUCCAUCCAUCCAUGUGUGUAUGUGUGGUGCAGGCGUUCCGCACCCAGGCCGACAAGGCGAAGGUCGAUAGCUCUGCGGCGAAUGUGUACCUGUGCCCGCCGCUGCACGAGAGUUUCCAGCUGCUGUCCCAGCUGCUCAUCCCGCCCUCGGCUGACCUGCUGCAGAGCUACCGGGACGCAAUGCCGGCCAAGGGGCAGGACGACGUGCGGCGGAGGUAUCUGCUGGAGAUACUUGCACCAAACUACAGAGCCGCCAUGGUCAGCACACUCCCUCACACACAGAGAAGGCCAGGAAUACCGAGUAGUGUGGGUGUGUCUAUGGUGUGUGUGGUGUGCAGGCCACGUGA